UUCUCUUAAAUUUUGGAAAAUCAAUCAUUCAAUCGGCAAAUUGUUAGGGGAAACCAAAUCCCUUAUUUUCCGAUGAAACAACCGGAGCAAUUGAAGAUUCUAAAAUAACAGGGUCGCUUUCAGUCCAACGUUGAAGCCAAUUCUCCUUUAUCACUUUUAUUCACUAUCAAUACUCCCUUUAAUGACCGCUGAUCAAUAUGCCAUCCUUUUCUCUCUCUACCUUCUCUCAUUCUCUCUAUAAUUAUCAUAAUCCGUUCUUUUCUUCGAUCGUUUAGAUUACCUAUCGCGAGGUUUAGCUUAGACAAGAGCUCUAAACUGAUCAAAUUGCAACAUGGGAUCCUUGUGUUCCUGUUUUCGUGCCCCCGAGCCUGAUGAUGAAAGUGUAGACUCAGAUGACUUGGAACAAGUUCAAGACUCCAGUAGUGUGGUUAAUAGAACUGCACCUGCAAAUUUCGCUUCCUUCCUACAGGACUUGACCAAUAAGUGUGAAGCUGUUCUUGGGAGAAGAGGAGGAAUGGAAAGCAUGCCUUGGCCUUAUUAUCAAGGUCCAAGCUCUUCACAACCUACAAUUGCACAAAGCAGUUCAUCUGGAUCUAGCAGUGUAUCUUUUAUGAGACAUCAAAAAGAAAGGGGACCGGUCAACCUUCAGUCAACAACAAGUGAAAAGGGCUCCAAAAAAGCUACCCCUCUGAUGCCUCCAUCGGAUCAAGUCAACACUAUUUCCGUAGAUGAUGAGGAUGUUUGCCCGAUAUGUCUCGAAGAAUAUACGAGUGAAAAUCCUCGGAUAAUUACCAAAUGCGCGCAUCAUUAUCACUUAAGUUGCAUCUAUGAAUGGAAUGAGAGAAGCAAAACAUGUCCAGUUUGUUCCAAGUUGAUGGUUUUCGAGGAGAUGGCUUGAUCCUGAUCAUAUCCCUUUUGAGUUCACCAUAAAUGGCUUAUUAAUAAUAAUAUAAAGUCAUUGCCAUGAACGAUGAUCAAGGAAAGGAGGUGAAGAUAUAAGUAUUCUUGGUAACGUAGUACUUCUGCACAUAAGGACAGCUUCAACACUCGUUCAUGGGCAAAAUGGUAAAAGACAAAGAUUGAUACUUUUAUUACUUUCUUUAUUUUUUAUUCCAAUUUUCAUUAAAUGGUAAAAACCGUUUUUGGUUUUACCGGUUUCUUAAUUGUACAUAAAAAUGUGUGUUUGGAUUUGUUCUUUUAUA